AUGAGCGAUUUUUCUCAGUUUACGAAGAAGGAUGAGCCAGAGAAGGAAAAGACCGCGGCCUAUACUACAGGAUUCGGAGUUGAAUUAAUGAGAAAGAUGGGCUUUGAAGGUCGUUUAGGAAAAGAUGGACAAGGUAUUUCAAAUCCUAUUGCAACCAAAAAAAGACCCGAGGGUUUGGGUUUGGGAGCAAACGGGUUCAAAGAAGCAUCAACGCUUAAAGCAAAUAAAGAGAUUGCCAAAAUAUAUAAUAAAGUAUGCUAUAUCGUUGCUUUGUAA